GCUUCCGGUUCAAACGCGUCACCGGGGCCGCGCUAUAACUUCACGUGCGGAACCCCUUCGCCUCUCCACACCGCAGCUGUUGAUGCGUCGAGGAGCCACAGAAGGAACAACAUGUCACAAAAUGAAAACCCGAGAGAUGUGGAGAGAUACCAGAGACUCUAUCCAUCCCUGCCCGGCUCAGACAGGUUCACGGUUUGUGUGGCGGGAGAAAAGCUUCACGCGGCUGCAGUGAAGCCCCCCGACAGAAUCCCUCAGUCACAGGCGUCAACGGCAGGUAUUGACGUCCAAGUGAAAGCGCAGAUGCUUCUAUUGGAGGAGCAAAAGCAGGAGCUACUUUCUAUCAAUACGAAAUGGGCAAAGGAGUACCGCACCAUGGCUCGCUACUACAAAGAGAGGGUCCGACAUUUAAAUGAAUUACUGCAACGUGGUCACUCCGAAGAGCUGAUGUGUGGAGAGGGAGGAAAUAACCACAAAGAGAACACUGAAGACAAGUUACUGAAAGAGGCAGAAGAGCUGCGAGCACAAAACAGCACUUUGACACGAAAAGGGCAGCGUCAGCAGGACGAGAUCAGACGGUUGAACAAGGCUCUGGAGGAGGCACUUAAGACUACUCAACCCCUCAGUGUGAGCAGUGAAACCCUACAAGAUGUGUGGAAACAUCAGGCAGACGUCUACAAGGAAGACUUUUUGAAGGAGCGCAGCGACAGGGAGAAGCUCAUGGAGAAGCAUCUAAAACAAGAGAAAAAGUUUAGAAAAGUUCGCAGUGAACUAUGUGUCCUCAAAUCUCAGCUGACGUGGACUCCGUCACCGCAGCCUGCGCUCAGCAGCAGCAGCAGCAGCAGCCCGGGUCAUGCCGCGUGUCCACAACGGGAGGUGCAGGUGCAGGUGCAGGUGCAGAGACACCUCCCGCUCCACAGCAAACCGUGACGGUGCACGACGUCCUCGCUCCUUCCUUCCAGGAAGUGAGCCCCGUUCGGUUUCAGUCAUCGGAUCGCUUUCCUCUGGGCCAGCUUUCAGGAGGCCCGAUCCACACACACACACACACACACACACACACUUUAACAGCCUGUGAAAUGGAAAUGUGACCCUCCAGUGUGGACACUCUGCGAGAGGAGAAAAGCAGCACCGAGGGAAAUAAAACGCUCCACCCGUCGCGUGCGACGCUCUGCUACGUCAGCCGCUGCUUGGGAUUCGCUUCCUGAGGGACACGUCGUCUAUUGCACUGCUCAAACACUAAUGACUUUAUCAAAGGUGCAACAUGGAUGAGGGACCUUCCUCGUCACCACGGAGAGCGCAGUGCAGGAAGAGGACCCGACAGACGACAGUCGCAGUGCAUCAUGGGAGGAGGCGACUCUCCUAUGAAGCAGCUCUGUGGUACGCAGGCACUUUGAGAAGAUGGGACAAGUUAUUCAUCAUUACCUCGUUAACACCCAAGGCCUUUGAAAGCAGAGAUCAAGGUCGUGGGAAGAGACCAAGAAGUAUCUUUUUUGUAAUUUAUUGUAAAGUACAUUUUAAAAUGUUUUUCUUUUGUUUAUCACGACAAUAAAGCGGUGAAUCUUUGGCCUC